AUGAAUUUCGGUAAUCAGACACCUACUAUUGUCGUCCUUAAGGAGGGAACCGACACUUCUCAAGGCCGCGGCCAGAUCAUUUCCAAUAUCAAUGCCUGUGUUGCAGUACAAGAGGCUUUAAAGCCUACGUUAGGUCCAUUGGGUUCUGAUAUCCUAAUUGUUUCUGGAAGUGGUAAGACGACGAUUUCUAAUGACGGUGCCACUAUUCUUAAAUUAUUAGAUGUCGUUCACCCUGCGGCUAAAACGUUAGUAGAUAUUUCCAGAGCUCAAGAUGCGGAAGUAGGUGAUGGUACUACCAGUGUUACUAUUCUAGCAGGUGAAUUGAUGAAAGAGGCAAAACCAUUUUUGGAAGAAGGUAUAUCAUCUCAUAUUAUUAUGAAAGGUUAUAGAAAGGCAGUGAGUCUUGCUACUGCCAAGAUUCAAGAAUUAGCGGUUGAUAUUUCUCACAAAGGUGGCGAAAAUAGGGAAUUAUUGGAAAGGUGUGCUAAGACAGCAAUGACAUCAAAACUUAUCUACAAGAAUGCAGAUUUCUUCGUCAAGAUGUGUGUAGAUGCUGUUCUUUCAUUAGACAGAAACGAUUUGGAUGAUAAAUUAAUUGGUAUAAAGAAAAUUCCAGGUGGUGCAAUGGAAGAAUCGAUGUUUAUCAAUGGUGUUGCCUUUAAAAAGACAUUUUCCUAUGCAGGUUUUGAACAACAACCGAAGAGAUUUAAAAAUCCAAAGAUUUUAAGUUUAAACCUUGAAUUAGAAUUAAAGGCCGAAAAGGAUAAUGCAGAAGUUAGGGUGGAACACGUGGAUGAUUAUCAAGCUAUCGUGGAUGCAGAAUGGCAACUAAUUUUGAAUAAGCUAAAACAAAUCGAAGAUACAGGUGCAAAUAUCGUUCUUUCCAAACUACCCAUCGGUGAUUUAGCUACUCAAUAUUUUGCCGACAGAAAUAUUUUCUGUGCCGGUAGAGUUAAUGGUGAUGAUUUAAACCGUGUGAUUUUGGCAGUUGGUGGAUCUAUACAAUCGACAACGACGGAUAUAAGGCCAGAAUACUUGGGUACUUGUGAAAAAUUUGAAGAAAUUCAAAUCGGAUCUGAACGUUAUAAUCUAUUUGAAGGUUGCACCAAGGCAAAGACUUGUACAUUGCUAUUAAGAGGUGGUGCUGAACAAGUGAUUGCUGAAGUGGAAAGAUCAUUACACGAUGCCAUCAUGAUCGUCAAGAGGGCAAUUCAAAACAAAUUAAUCGUUGCAGGUGGUGGUGCCACUGAAAUGGAAAUUUCAAGACAUCUAAGAGAGUAUUCCAAGACGAUUGCAGGUAAACAGCAAUUAAUCAUUAAUGCAUUUGCCAAGGCGCUUGAAGUUAUCCCAAGACAGUUAUGUGAAAAUGCAGGUUUUGAUGCUAUCGAAAUUUUGAACAGAUUAAGAAUGGCUCACAGUAAGGGUGAAAAAUGGUACGGUGUUGAUUUCGAAAUUGAAAAUAUUGGUGACAAUUUCGCCAAAUUCGUUUGGGAACCAGCAUUGGUUAAAAUUAACGAACUAAACAGUGCUGCAGAAGCUACGAAUCUGAUCUUAUCAGUAGAUGAAACCAUCACUAAUAAAGAAUCAUCUGCUAAUGGAGGUGCACCACCACAAGGUAGAGGUAGAGGUAUGCCCAUGCAAUAG